UAAAAACACUUGCAUUUUGCUGCUAUUGACAUCCAAAUAAAGGGUAGAAAGAAAACUAAAAGGGAAAGUAUCUUUUCAAGAAAGUAGAGAGAGAAAAUGAUGAUGAUGAUGAUGAGAGAGAGGUCUCCUCUCAUCACUAGUGUGUUUGCAGCACUGCUACUUGUGUUAUUACAUGGGCUGGGGGUAAAUGGAGACAACCCUUAUAGAUACUACACCUGGAGAAUCACUUACGGCGAUAUUUACCCUCUCGGCGUCAAACAACAGGGGAUUCUGAUAAACGGGCAGUUUCCGGGGCCGACGAUUGACUGUGUCACCAACGAUAACCUCAUUAUCAGUGUUUACAACUACUUAAACGAGCCUUUUCUCCUUUCUUGGAACGGUAUACAGCAAAGAAGGAACUCGUGGCAAGACGGAGUUUACGGGACCAAUUGUCCAAUCCCGCCUGGCAAAAACUUCACUUACGCCAUCCAAGCAAAAGACCAAAUCGGAACCUAUUUCUACUUCCCUUCACUUGCUCUCCACAAAGCAGCUGGUGGAUAUGGCAGCAUCAAAGUCUACAGCCGUCCUCAGAUUCCCGUUCCGUUUCCCCCUCCAGCUGGCGAUUAUGUCGUACUCACCGGUGAUUGGUUCAAGAGAAGCCAUAGACAACUCAAGUACAUCUUGGAUAGCGGUCACAAUCUUCCAUCUCCCGACGGCCUUAUAAUCAACGGGCGUGGAUGGAACGGAUAUACAUUCACAGUCGAGCCAGGCAAAACAUACAGGUUCAGGAUAUCAAACGUGGGGCUGACAACCUCCGUUAAUUUCAGAAUCGAGGGUCACUCGAUGAAGCUGAUAGAGGUAGAAGGGUCCCACACGGUUCAGAAUACCUACACCUCGCUCGAUGUCCACGUAGGACAGUCUUACUCAGUCUUGGUCGAAGCUAAUCAGCCAUCGAAGGACUAUUACGUUGUAGUGUCUUCUCGUUUCACCUCUCCAGUUCUCACCACCACAGCUAUUCUACAUUACCGUAACUCGUUCACCAAAGUUUCCGGUUUCCCACCUGGCGGACCCACCACACAGAUUGACUGGUCUAUAAACCAGGCUAGAUCCAUACGACGGAACCUGACAGCAAGUGGCCCCAGACCUAACCCACAAGGCUCAUACCACUACGGGGAGAUCAAGCCGGCUCGGACCAUUAUUCUUGCCAACUCAGCUCCGAAUAUCAACGGGAAACUGAGAUACGCUGUCAAUAGUGUUUCGUAUGUAUCUCCCGAUACUCCGUUGAAGUUGGUUGACUACUUCAAGAUCGGUGGGGUCUACAGUCUUGGAAGUAUCUCAGACAAGCCCAACUAUGGCAACGGUUAUCUUGCAACAUCGGUUAUGAAUGCUAAUUAUCGGUCUUUUAUAGAAGUCGUGUUUCAGAACUGGGAGAAUACCCUCCAGUCGUGGCACAUUGAUGGAUACUCUUUCUUCGUCGUUGGAAUGGACGGUGGAGGAUGGACUCAAGCAAGUCGAUUACGCUACAAUUUGAGAGACACAGUCGCCCGUUGCACUGUUCAGGUGUACCCGAAAUCUUGGACGGCAAUAUAUGUAGCAUUGGACAAUGUGGGAAUGUGGAAUAUAAGAUCAGAGGAUUGGGCAAGACAAUAUCUUGGUCAACAAUUCUACCUAAGGGUUUACACACCAUCAACAUCGUUCAGAGACGAGCUUCCCAUUCCAAGGAAUGCUCUUCUCUGUGGCCGAGCAAGAGGUCAUCGUACUAGACCUUUUUGAAUUCGAAAUGACGUGGAUUAAGCUUCUGUCACGAAAGGGUGACAUGUGGCAUCCGGAAAAAAAUGAUAUGAACUAGGAUAUAUAUAGGGAGUAAUAGUAGCGCAACUUUAGCUGCUGAGUUAUAUAUUCUAUUCAUUGUCUUCACAAAAUUUUUUUUUUUUUGGUUUCUCUAUUGUACGAUUUGUACCUCAGAACUUGUUUUCGACAACGUUCUCGCUGUCGAAUUUCUCUGAAGAAUAUGUUGUUGAAUCAGUUAUUUUUAA